AUGGUUGAACUCACUAAGAUCAUUAAUAGGCUUAAUAACAGGGAGUUCUUUGUAUCAGUGGAAUAUGCUAAAUCAAAUUCUGCUGAUAUUGGUUAUUCUGGGAACUGUUUUACUUGGUGCAAUGAGAGGAAAGAAGAUAAAAUCAUUUGGAAAAGGUUGGAUAGGAUGGUAGUCAAUGAAAAGUGGAAUGAGCUUUUCUCUAAUAAUGAAAUAGUCCAUUUACCCAGAAAUGAUUUCUUGGAAGUGAUUAGAAGGAAUUGGAAAUCAGAAACAACUGGCAACAUUUUUUGGCUCAUCCAACAGAAAAUGAAAAACACUAGUAAGGCUCUUAGUACUUGGUCCAGAAAUAGUAUUGGUGAUAUAUUUGCUAAAGAGAAAGAACUAGGAGAAUUGAUAGAUAAUUUGGAGGAGAAAUAUAUGAACGCAUUGACUCAGGAUGACAGGAUGCACCUUCAUAAAGCAAAAGCUGAUUUUAUUCUCCAUCUUAAGCAUGUGGAAUCUUACUGGAGACAGAAGGCUAACAUCAAAUGGCAAUUAGAGGGUGAUGAGAAUACAAAAUUCUUUCACUCAGUGGUACGGGGUAGAACGAGCGCACUGCAGAUUAACAUGAUACAAAAAGAUGGUAUAUGGAUCCAAGGUGACAGGGAAAUUGGUUUGGCAGCUGCAGAAUAUUACCAAAAUCUUUUCACUAAAGACAACAUCACCAAGGGACUUUCCUAA